AUGCCUGAGAAUACAGAGGACCGCGCCGCACUGGUGAAUCGCCAGUUGCCGGAGAUGACACUGUCGACGGCGGAGAACCCUUUGACUGCGCCUCAGCCGCCGCCAGAGAACUUGUCGUCUGCGCAGCGAGCGCAGUAUAGGUUCCAGGUCAAAGGGAAUGCGAUUAUUACCGGCGGAGCAGGAACGCUCGCCCUCGAAGCCGCCCUCGCCCUCCUCGAACACGGUGCCUCAGGCCUCGCGCUCUGGGACAAGAACCCAGAGCAAGCCUUCAACAGCAUCAAGCAGCUGCACGCCAAAUUCCCCGACCGGCGCAUCAUCACCGAGGCCGUCGACGUGCGGGACGAAAAACAGAUUGCAUCUGCAGUGGAUAGCACCGUCAAGGUCCUAGGCAGCGUCGACAUGCUCUGCUGUUUCGCCGGCGUAGUAGGCUGCACACACGCGAUUGAAAUGGCAGCCGAGGAAUGGCGUCGCACACACGACAUCAAUCUAACGGGCUCCUUCCUAUGCGCACAAGCAGUCGCGCGCCAGCUACGGCAGCAGGGCACAGGCGGCAGCAUCGUCUUCACAGCCUCCAUCUCCGCGCACCAUACAAACUACCCGCAGCCACAGGCGGCAUACAAUUCCUCCAAGACGGCGCUGCUGUCGCUUGCCAAGAGUCUAGCGGCCGAGUGGAGUAGCUAUGGCAUUCGUGUCAAUUGUUUGAGCCCGGGGUACAUGGACACGAUUCUGAAUGAUGGCGAGGGGUUGAAGCGGGCGCGGGCUUCGUGGAAUGCGAGGAACCCAAUGGGCAGGAUGGGUCAUCCUUGGGAGUUGACGGGGCCGUUGAUCACACUGUGCAGUAAUGCUGGACGCUACAUCAACGGUACCGACAUCAUUGUUGACGGAGGAGCUAUGGUGUUCUGA